AUGGUAUAUAGUCUAUGUGGUCCGUACAACAAGAAUUCACCUUGCAUGAAGAAUGGAUCAUGUUCAAAGUUCUAUCCUAAAGAGUUUAGACAGCGAACACUCAUUGAUGAGGCCGGAUUUUCCAAAUAUAGGCAUACUGAUAACGGUCGAACAGUAAAGAAAAGGGAAUGUGUACUAAACAAUAAGUUCAUUAUUUCGUAUAAUCCAGAAUUGUUGUUCAAGUUCGGGUGCCACAUAAAUGUGGAAUACACAUGCCAAACAAGUUCUAUUAAGUAUCUGUUUAAGUAUGUACACGAGGGUAAUGACCGCGUAACAGCUACUCUAUACAAUGCUGGUGAUCCGUCAGAAGCCACACAAGUUGUUGACGAAAUUAGGAAUUAUUACGAUUGUAAGUACAUUUCGGCAUGUGAGGCAGUCUGGCGUCUAUUUGGAUACGAAAUCCAAGAGAAAGAACCACUUGUGAUUAGACUUCCAUUCCAUUUGGUGGAUGAGCAACAUGUGGUUUAUGGUGAAACUUCUAAUGUGAAUGAUAUCGUCGAAAGAGUAAUAUCUCAUAAGUCCAUGUUUUUGGGAUGGAUGGCGGCGAACAUAUCAUAUCCCUAUGCUCGAAGUCUGACUUAUGCUGAGUUUUCAACUAAAUUUGUUUGGAAGGACGAUUCUUCAAAGUGGUUUCCUCGAAAGAAAGGCUUCGCAAUUGGAAGAUUCAUGUACCUACAGAGAGAAUGUAUGAGUUUUCGAGACAUAAGAACAGUAGGAGGAACAAUUUAUGCUAUGUAUAGAGAUGCAUGCUUCGCCCUUAGACUCUUGCAAGAUGACAAAGAAUUCAUUGAUGCAAUUAAGGAAGCAAGCUCAUGGGUCUCAGGAUCAUAUGUUAGGAGGUUAUUUGUCAUUCUAUUAACAUCCAAUAAUAUCUCAAGACCAGAACAUGUCUGGGAUAGAUGUUGGCAUGAACUCUCAGAUGAUAUUUUGUAUCGACAGAGAGUUGUGAUGAACAUGAGGGAGUUAACAAUGUCAGAUGAUGAGAUUAAGCAGUUGUGCUUAAUGGAUAUAGACAAGAUCUUACAUUCCUAUGGUAAAACCUUGAAAGACUAUCCUCCAAUACCUUUAACAACUGAAGUUGAUAGUUCUUUGUUAACCGAAAGGGUUAUUAGGGAAGAGCUAAACUUUAAUAGGGAUGAUUUAAAGAAAAAUGCCUCAGACAUGUUAGCCAUCGCAACACUUGAGUGGAGAUAUGCAUUCGAUAAAAUUGUUAGAGCUGUGUAUUGUGAUGAAGGGGGAUUUUUCUUUGUGUAUGGUCAUGGGGGUACUGUAAAAACAUUUCUUUGGAACCUUAUGUAUGCUGAGAUUCGCUCAAGGGGUGAUAUAGUGUUAAACGUUGCUCUGAGUGGUAUUGCAUCUUUACUUCUUCCCAAUAGAAGAACGGCACACUCAAAGUUCAAAAUACGGCUGAAUAUAACUGAGAAUUCUGUAUGUAACAUCAAACCUGGUUCCCCUCAAGCAAUGUUGCUGUUGAAAGCCAAACUUAUAAUUUGGGAUGAGGCUCCAAUGGUGGAGACUUUAGACAAAUUCUUCCUGUCAUUUCACAAAGAUCGAGACAAGAUAUCGUUCAUUCAACCUGGUCUUUGUAAUGGUACAAGGCUACAAGUUAGGAAGUUUGGAAAUCAUGUCAUAGAAUGUAAAGUCUUAACGGGUAACAAUGUUGGUCAUAUUGCUUUGAUUCCAAGAAUGAAUAUGGUACCAACAAAUGAAACCGUCCCAGUUAGAUUCCAACGAAAACAGUUUCCUAUAAUAGUAUUGUUUGCCAUGACAAUUAACAAGUUUCAGGGACAAACUUUAUCUUAUGUUGGAUUGUGCUUGCCCAAACCAGUUUUUACACAUGACCAACUAUAUGUGGCACUUUCAAAAGUUAAGAAUUGUCAGCUGAACCAGAGCGAAGUGGAUUUUGAAACUGAAUCCAAUGAAGUUCUUGAGUUAAACCUUUCUGAUGCUGCAUCAGUGGUGCAACCAAAUUUCAACCAAUAUCAUGGACAUGUUAUAAAUUAUCAGUUCAGGGAAUCAACAGCAAGGGAUAAUUUUUUGGGUGUAUAG